CUCAUCGACCCCUUCACUCCGCUCUGAUACUCAUCCACCCAUCACACCACACCACAACAAUGGCGACCGGACCACACACUCACAUUUACAAAUCCCAUCCCGACCUCAACCUCAACCUCCAUCUAGACGUCUACACGCCCAAUGUCACCCCCCAGACCCCCAAGCCUGUCAUUCUCUGGUUCCACGGCGGCUACCUCAUAACAGGCAGCCGCAAAGCCAUCCCCAGCUGGCUCCUCGCCUUCGCCAACACCCAACAAUGGUCCCUCGUCUCAGCCGACUACCGCGUCCUACCCGAAUCCACCGGUCUCGCGACCCUCGAAGACACCACAUCCGCCUACGAAUGGGUCGCGCACUCCCUGAAGGAACUACACCCGGAGAGCUGCACCGACACAAACCGCAUUAUUAUUGGAGGCGCGAGCGCAGGGGGAUGGUGUACGCUGACCACCGCGCUGCAUUUCUGCGCCGCAUCUUACAGCCACAGCCACAAUCAGAGUGAUAGUGACGGUGGCAGUCACAAUCCCAGCACGAUCGCAAAGCCAGCUGCUCUCUUCCUCCUUUAUCCCAUGGUCGACCCUGGGACAGAGACAUGGGCGCGCGGCUUCGCAUUACCCGGCUCCAGCCUCGACGCAGACGCUGAAGAGCGAGUCAUGGGCGAGAUCGCGACCAGUCUCGCGAGCGAGACGAUCAGCGACGGGGAGGAUUUCCCCAAGUCGGAGGCGGAGGUACUUACGCGGAAGCGGGUCGCCUGGGUGUGGGCUGUGUUGCAGAAGGGGCUGUUUUUGGAAUAUUUGACGGGCGUGCCUGGGUUUGCGGGGAAGUUGCUGGAUGGGGGGGUGGAGGGGGCGGCGGAGGGACAGGUAAGAAAGCUGUUUCCGUUGGACUUUGGGACGUUUGAGCAGCAGGCUUUCCCAAGGACGGUGGUGGUGCAUGGGGUGGAUGAUCAGGAGGUGAGCUGUCAGGAGAGUGAGAGGUUGGUGAGCUUGUUGGCGAAGGCAGAUGUCCAGGUGGAUUAUUUCCCCGUGACUGGGGCGGAUCAUGCGUUUGAUCUGGAGAUUGGGGAGUGUGUGUUUGAUGUGCCGGAGUCGGGGGAGCCAAGUGCUGUUCUUGGGCGGGCGUUGCGGGCGUUGCAGGGGUUUGUUGAGAUAUGACAUCUACCAGAAAAAAGUGUUUGUGUGGAUUAUAUGAUUUAAAUGUGCG